AUGGAGUGGUUAACGAGCGCCGAGGGCCUGAAUGCCCGUGAGGAGCUGGAUGCGUCCGUUCGUGAGCACCACCCUAACUUGCGUGAUGAGGAGGUCGACCUCAUUGUGGACGGUCGACUACUACGCAUGGUUCGGGAGCGCGCGGCAGAGCAUGCACCUACGAGCGGCCAGCAAGGAGAAACUGGUGAAGGAGGAGCUGGGCACGAGGCUCCAACUGCCGUAGGCGUUGGAGGAGGAGCUGUUGCUCCGACCAUUGACACGGGAAUAAUCGGGACGAGCUACGGUCAAUUCAAGUUUGGAGUAGAGCAUAUCUCCGUGACGCCCCUGCUGGAGGGAAGGCACGACCUCACCGCGUGGGUCAGCGCCAUCCGACCUCAGCUCCAAUGCGCUGAUUUGUGGCAGUUUUGCAACGGGACAGCACCAAGCCCGGCCCCGAACAACCCCUUGCAACGAAGGGAGUACGCAAAGGGCCAAAUGCUUGCAUUCAUGGUGCUGAAUCGUUGUGUUUCUCCACCCAUCCGAAUGUCUAUUGCUGGUUUCUCUCAGCAAGAGAAAGCCGGGCAGAUGGCAUGGGCAUACAUCUUGUCUACCUAUCAAGCUCGUGAUGCCCUCCACGCUUCCCUACUUCAGACCCAGCUAGCCCAACUCAGGAAGGGAGAUGAUGAGACGGCGGACUACUGCAACAGGGCCCGCACCAUCCGAGCAGAGCUGCUAACCAUUGGACAGGAGGUCCACAUGGCCACGUUUGCCGCUCACGUGCUGAAGGGUCUGCCACCGGAGUACGGUUUUCUUCGCUGCAAGCUCGACAUUUCCAGCCCUGACAUGACGGUGGAACGUGUGUGCAGCGAGGUGUUGAUGGAGGAGCAGACUCUCUCCAUCGAACACAGUUACAAGCAGAUCACCAGCGAUGCAUCUGCUUUCUCGGGCGCUGUCAACACGAUUGUGGCUACAAUGGGGGUCAAUGGGAAGGAAGGAAAAGGGGGGGAGGAGCAGACGGACAAGAAGAAGGAUGGCAAGCGGGAGAAGAAGCGAGGCCCCUUCAAGGGGCGCUGCUACAACUGCAAUGAGGAGGGGCACAUGGCUGCCAAGUGCCCCAACAAGAAGAAGGAUGUAACGCCCGCGGCAGCCGCAAAUGUUGCUGAAGGAGACGAGAAGGGCGUGGCGCUCACCGUCGCGUGUUCGGCUGCAAAGCUGCUGGCCGACGACAAGGACUUGUGGUUCCUUGACUCGGGAUGCUCCCAACACAUGACCGGCCGCAAGGAGUGGUUCACGGUGAUCCGUGACCCAUCUGCAACGAAAUCCGUCAAAGGGUUUGAUGGUUCAAUGCAGGAAGUUGCUGGUGUUGGUGAGGUUUUGCUGGAGGGCACUAACGGCUUGCGUGUGACCCUACAUGAUGUCCUCUUUGUGCCAGGAAUGAAGGCCAACUUGGUCUCCCCUGGGCAGCUCUUGGACAAGGGAGCAAAGCUGCAAACCGAGGAAGGUGUCACUCGCGUCAUCGCAUCAGGAGGUCAAGUGGCUGCAACGGCACGAUACCGCCAUCGCCUUCACUGCCUUGACCUGAAACCGGGGCCAGCAAUGAACGGUGCCACGGCUGCAGCGGCAUGCAACAGCACGUUGGCUGCAGCGGCACGCAACGAUAUGGCGGCUGGAGCGGCGAGCAAUGGCACGGCGGCUGCAACAACAAGCAACGGCACGGCGAAGGAGAUUGCUGAUGUGGCGUCAAGCAAGCCGGAAGCUAAGGAUGAAGCGGCCAGCCUCAAGACGUACACGGUAGGCUCCAAGGCAACGCCUAACCUGUGGCACGCUCGCCUUGGACACGUCCACUUCGACGCGGUGAAGCGGACAGCCACGAGCGGUGGCGUGUUCGGUAUGGACCUGGAGAAAGGAGAAGUGGCGUGCACACGCAGGUGA